AUGGCAAACGAUUCCGAAGUCCGACAACGCAAGCCGGCGACAACGGAAUCCGGUGCUGGGAAACCCGUCCCCCAAUCCGUCAUCAAGAAGGAGGACAGCGUCUCGACCCUCGACAUCUUCCGCGCACUCUUCUUCCUCGUCCUAGCUUCGUGCGCACUUUCGUACUUUGUCACAAGGGAGAGCUUCGUGUGGAAUGUUGCGCGACCAAAAUGGACGCGGGUUGAAGCUAUACAGGCAUUUCUGGUCAGUACGGUUCCUCUUCUGCUAUUGGCAGAUUGGCAGACGGGCUGUAUAUUGAUGGGACGAAAGACUGAUUGAACAAUGCAGGCAGGACCAAAACAAUACACCGACGAGGAUCUGAAAGCCUAUGAUGGAAGUAAUCCCGAACUACCUAUUUUACUCGCGAUCAAUGGCACGAUUUACGACGUUUCCGAGGGAAGAAGAUUCUAUGGACCUGGAGGGAGUUAUAAGUUCUUCUCGGGCGUAGAUGCUUCGAGGGGAUUCGUACGUCUCCCACCUCUUCCUCCGUAUGGAUGUAAAAGCUAACGGAAAGCAAAACAGGUAACAGGCUGUUUCGAUAUCGACCGAACCCCCGAUAUGCGAGGCGUCGAGAUGAUGUAUACUCCCAAGGACAACCCCGAGAUCGAUAGUCUGUACACCAGCGGGGAGUUGAAAAAUCUGAAGGCGCAGGAGAAGAGAAAGGCAAAGGUUGAGGUUGAGAAGGCUUUGAAGCAUUGGUUGGUUUCCCGUUCUUACUUUGCUUCGGUGGAUGAUAGGAAUGCUAACUGGACGCAGGGUUGAUUUCUUUGGCAAUUCAAAGAAGUACACUAAGAUCGGUACUGUGAAGAGGGAGGAGGGGUGGGAAACUAAGGGUCCGGCACCUACUUUGUGCAAGAAGGCUGAGGAGGGAAGACCGACUGCGAGGGCUAGACCUGCUGGGAAGUAG